UUUACUUUCUAUUUAACUAAUUUUAACCCAAUUUGUCAUUUGUGUUACAUGAGGAUUUAAACUUAAAAUGUUUACAGUCAUGUUCCCACAGUAAGAAAACAUACAAAUGAGCUGCUCACUGAAUUUAUCAUAUUUUAGUUUAAAUUCUGUAUUAAUAUUCUAAUGUUUUAAUGGUAUAACCUUUGGCAUAAAACUUGCAAAAUAUUGCAAACAUUUGUCAUAAAAAGAUAUGACCUCCAAUCAUUUUAUAUAGAUUGUGGAGGAUACACCAAUAGUAUAUUACUUAUUGAUCAGAACUUUUAUAAUAAAUAAAAGCCAGCUAGCCAAUCAGAGCGCAGGAGGGCGGGUCCUGCCGGAAUGCGGGUGGGGUUUGAGCAGCAGAGCUGCAGCUGGGCCACUCGAAGGUUCCCCGGCAGUAGCGGAGCCGCAGGCCGCGCUGCUCGCCGCGUUUCCGCUCUGCUCUCCGGUUGCCGGGCGCCGAGACGGACUGGGCUCUGUUUAAGCAGAACGCAAUUACAAAUACAGGCUAAUAUUUACUGAGAAAACACACCGCGCGCCCCGCGCCGAGCCUUUAAAUAGCCAUAAACGUCGGUACGGCGGACACAGAGCGCGCACUGACCACAGACCUGCAUCUCCAUCACUCACAGGAUGGCAGCCAGCGUAAUCAGAACCAUUAGCGGUUUUGGACUGACCAGACCUGUCCGGACCUGCUUCAUUCCAAUGGAGGAGGAGGAGCCUGAGGAUGAAUAUGAAGAGGAACUCAGAGAGGAGGUUGAGGACAGAUUUGAGGAGGACGAUUCCUCCGUCACUGAGUCACAAGAAGACGAGCCAUGGACCGAGAAUCCCUCCUUUGGGCAAAAUGAAAUAACUGAUCGUCUGCUGCAGUUUGCAGAGCUUAUUAGCAGUGAUGUGCAGCGCUACUUUGGGCGUGGUCAUGACCCUGAUGCCUGUGAUAUUUAUGCAGAACGGGAACGUCUUGAGGUCAGUGGGCGGCAGCGGUACUAUGCUGACUUCAUGAGGGUGGCUUCAUCGGAGGAGGGGGCAGAGCCUGAAAAACUAGGCCCCCUUGCGGAGCUCUUCAGGGAGGCUCACAGGAAGAGGCAAGGUUUGCCCAUGACUCAGCGAUGCCUACCCAGCAGCUUUUGGACAGAGCCACGCCCUUGCCAGCUUGUUACCCUUGAUGAUGCUGACACACCAUAUGCGCUGAGGUGCUCCACAGAGAGCACCCUGAGCACUUCUAAUACUCCAGUCAGCACCAUCAGUAGUUCCAGUACUCCAGAUUUCAGUGAUUUACUCGCCCAAUGGGCAACAGACAGAGACAGUGCCAGUGAGUUCAGCUGUGAUUAUCAGCUACCGUAAUGGUGUAACAGAUAACAAACUGUUACAAACUGUUACUGCUGAUCAUAUGAGUAAUAAAAUAAUCUGAUGAUUAUUUUUAAUGUUUAAACAAGUCAUACGUUUUUAAAUACUCCAAAUAUACAACCUCAAAAAAAUGGAUGCUGUGUAAAAUGUAAAUAAAUGUAAAUAAAAACAGAAUUCAAUGAUUUGAAAA